GCAUCCGUCCCUCUCAGAUGUGCCGCAGAUUUGAUUCAAUAUUUUCAAGUAGUCACUGUUACACUCAUACACAUCUAAAUGUUGAAAGAAGAAGUUUGCAGCAUAUAAACUUGUCACUUCACAAAAGUGUAAACAGUCAAGCAUAUCUGCUUUUUGUUUCACUGGAUUUCUUGACACCUUCAACUCAUUCAAAGUGAUAAUUGUGUAUUAUUCAUCCUUAAGACUGGAGGUGAAAAGCUCAGUGGGUAACUUAUAGCUGGGUUGAGUCAGUGACGCGGGACUGUCAUAGAUACCAACAUAGUCACAAGACGGGAGACACGACCGCAGAUCCACCAUGGAUUUUAUGAGGAAAACGACGGACAGGUACCACCGAUUCCUGGAAGCCGGGGACGCACGAGUUCAGGGACUACCCCUUAUGUCUUCACCUUUACCGACACUGCUCAUCCUAGUAUGUUACUACAUAUUUGUGUACUAUGGACGCACAAUCAUGGCUGACAGAAAGCCACUUCAGCUGAAACGAUUGAUCAUGCUCUACAACUUAGGAAUGGUGAUUUUCUCCCUGUACAUGGCUAAGGAAUUCGCUAUGGCUGGGUGGCUGACGGGAUACCAGCUGGGAUGUCAACCAAUCGAUUACACACCGCGCGGUGAUCGAAUGGCCAUAGCAACAUACCUGUUUUUUAUAUCUAAGAUUAUAGAGCUAACAGAUACGAUAAUUUUUAUAAUGAAAAAGAAGUUUCAUCAAUUGACCUUUCUACAUCUAUUCCAUCAUGGAUUUCUACCCUUCAACUGGUGGUUUGGCAUAAAGUUUAUCCCAGGUGGCUGGGGAACCUUCCACGCGUUCAUCAAUACACUGGUUCAUAGUGUGAUGUAUAUGUACUACUUCCUGUCAGCCGGAGGUCCCGCCAUUCAGAAAUACCUUUGGUGGAAAAAGUACAUAACAACUAUACAGAUCGCCCAGUUUAUCUUGGUUAUCUGCCAUACCCUGUCGACGUUCCUAUUUGUUCAGGACUGUGACUAUCCGUCCCUAGCUGUUAAACUGGUUCUGUUCUACAACUUUCUGUUCCUGUGUCUGUUCAUGGACUUCUACAUAAAAACAUACAAACGAAAAACAAAGCCCAAGGAAAAUGAUAAAAUCGUAUACAUGAAUGGACAUGGACAGAAAGUACAGAACGGUCAUAUGGAAAACGGAAACGCUGUUAAGGUGGACUGAUGGUUGCAGUGAAUGCAGUAUUCCUGAAGAGUUUCUAGUAUCAGUUUUGCUAUGUGGAUUACAAUACAUAAUCAGACAAGGGAUAUUUAUCAUUUUUUACUAGUUCGUCGACCACACUGUAUACCGUGUUUCAGUAGAACAUCGAUGUGCCAGCGAAUGAAUACACACAUGCUGAUACAGUAGAAAAGGCUAGGUUUUCAUUUUCAAAGGCCACUACUGUCUUUAAGAAACAGACAAACACAUGAGCUGGAGAAGGGUAUAGGGCAUAAGUGGGCUUAGAGAAGGGAUCCAAGACAUGAGCAGGGGCCACACAAUGAGUGGGCUGUAUUGAAGGCUAAACGUGCAAGAUGGGUAAGAGAAGGGACAAAACGUGCAGAGCGGUGUACAUUAAGGUGCCAAAUUUAGGCGAGCUAAAGAAUGGACUAGCUUUGUGUGGGCUAGAAAAGGGACCAAACAUAUUUGGGUUGCAAUAGGGGUCAAAUAUAAGUGGGAUUGAGAUGGGGACAAACAGUUUGUAGACUGGAAGAGUUACCACAAAUGAGUGGGCAGAGAAGGGGCAAAAUGUAAAACGUAUGUGGGCCGGAAUAGGAACCAAAUAAAUGAAGGCAUAAGUAGGGUUUGGCAGUGUGUGGGCUGGAUUAGGGACCAAGAUACAUGAACUGGUGUAGAAAACAAACAGAUACUGACUAGACCAAACAUGUAUGAACAGUAGCUCAACAUAUGCGUGAGGGGGAGUAGAGGCUAAACCUCUGUGGGAUGGAGCUAGACAUUGUAAGAGUUAGAAAAGUGUCCAAAUAUACUUAUUGGUAAUUAACAAAAUACUUGUGAAUAAUAAUCUUACCAAAAACGUAUCAUAUUUACCUGUGAAAUUAUCUCAUAUGACCAAAGGCCCUCAUGUGCUUGUUAACAAUAUAGUGACUAUCACUUUGUAUGUCGUCUGAGUACUCUUGCCUUGUUUAGUGGUGUCAAACUAUACACGUCAUAUCUAUCAUAUCUUGCUCAAAUAUUUUCGAAAUGAUAUUUGAUGCGUUUGAAGUCAAAUUGUUCAAAUAUGGCACAUUUUUCUUAACUCAAACUCCUCUUUCUUCUGAAACACCUGAUUGUUAAUCUUGUCACUGCAGAGAAACUGCCACUGUUAUAGACAUUGUCACAACCUAGUACAUUGAAAAUACAUAGUUACCAACUCAUUAGGAGAGAAGUUAAAUGACAGAACUGGAAGGAACUUUCGAAUACUCGUGAUACUUAUUAUCACUUAAUGGCAUAUCAUUGUUGAAUAAAUUGUUAGGUUAAAAUAAGAUAAUAAGAAUAGUAACACAAAAUAUAGCUUAAGCUAGGAAAAUCAUCUUACGGUUUUGAAAUCUAUCGAAGAACUAAAAAUUAAGUGAUUGGCUUGUUUCCGUAUUUCGUAUUAUUAACAGCUAUAUAUAUUGUAAUCUAAGGGCGGGCCAGGUUUUGAUGGUGGAUGGAAACUGGUGUACCCGGAGAAGAAUACAUCAUGAAACAUUACAAAAAAAGUUAUGUAACGCUUUUUCUCCACAUGAACUGUGUAAAAUAGUAAAGUACAUUUAAUUACAAAUUCAAAUAAUAAACCUCCCGAUUAAUCUUCUCUAAAUGAUAAUGACUCUCUAGCUACCAUCCCCCCGAGUAAAGCUCGAUAGUAACUCGUUUAGUUUUGAAUAUUCAUUUACCUUUCCAAAAUUGUCAUUUCUGAUUAAUUCAUUCAAUAUCCAAACGAAAAAGCUGCCUAAAUAAGAUAAUGUUAUUCACCAAUAUCUUCUUAACUUAUCAGCAUCCUGCGUCUAUUGUGACUGAGCAAACAACAAGGAUGAGAACAUGUUAUUAACGAAGGACGCUUUGGCAAGAGUCAUUUAUUUUCCAAUAUUUCCUUAUCCUGAGUUAAAUUUUUCACCGUAAUAUACAAAUAUUGAUAUUGACCACAUAAAAUUGUGUUGUUUUUUUGUGUUUUCCUCAGUGUCUAUUUCGUUUGUCAAGUAAUGCCUCAUUUAUAUUUCACAAGCAAGCUGAUUUCACAACUGAUUUAAUCAUUUCUUAAUUCUGCGUUCAGUGAUCAUGUUUUGUGUACUUUAAAGUGGACGUAUUUGGAAACUUUCAGAGUUACACAUCCACGCGUGUACUCUCUACGACAAUAUUAUCUGUUUAUCACCAGUCAAAUACAGCGAAUUUGAAUACGUUUUCAAUUAGGGAGGCUUUUUCGAAGAGCAAUGCACGAGCAUGGUUUACUGGGCAAAAUAAUUUAUGCACGUGCAUAUAAUUUUGUCAAAUAAUACGUGAUAAAUACUAUUUGUAAAUUUAAACAUUUAUUAGAAGCAGGUAUUUUCCCUUUAUUGUCCAAAUGUUGUGAUUGAAAGUAAUAUAUUUAAGGAAAAGAUGCAUUAAAUCGUGCUCAACUAGAGUUUCCACCUCAUGACCUGAACAACCUACCAGAAAAGAAAAUCCUAAUGUUUUCAGUAUUUUAUGUGAAUGGCUCAUAAAUAUUUUAUAUAAUUUUGUCUGAUUAGCUAAUGCAAAGCUCAUUUUCAAAUAUAUUACCGUUUGUUCAGUUCAAUGAAAGUAACAGCCAAAAAUAUGCGCUCGUGGUUAGCUUCGUUAACAUCUUCAGUUGAUGACGUCACAUAGUUUUAUUGCUUUCGCGGAAAACUCCGCCUACAUGUAUUGUUGUCGAAGUCAUGGAAGCUUGUGACGUUCUAUAGUCAGGUUUAGAAAAACUAAACAUAAUUUGCGGAAACAAUUGUUUACUGAGUAAAUGUCAGUGUAGACUGUAUGUAUAAAGGAAAAGUAACCGCCUGAACAAUUAGGCUCCCAUCCUUCCCCUGGUAAUGCAGCGUAAUGAAUAUCAGACUUAUUUCUAUGAAUUAUGUUUAUAACCAUAUCAUUAAUGUUUAAAACAUUCUUUGUUCUUCAUAACUUGUUAGGUGUUAA